CAGAGUUUAAAUGUUUUGGAAAUAAGAUAGUCCUACCUCUCUAGGACUGGUCCUAGAGAGCAGGGACUAUUUUUUGCUUUUCUUUGUAUCCCUAGCUAUUAAUGCAGUGCCUGGUACAUAAUAGGGGCUUAAUAAGUGCUAGUUAAAAAUUGACACCUAUACAAGUGCCAAAAGGCAGCGCCAAAUCUUUUCUGCCGCCCAUUCCAGCGCCGGUUCUGCUGCACUGCGCUGCCAAUGAAUUUGAAAAGCAAAGGUCCAUUAAUUACCCAGCAGAAAAGCUGUCCAGUUGAGGCCAGAGGGUUUGUCCUCUGCUAUCUGACUUGAAAUCUGGAAUGCGCAAAAUUUCUUUGCGAAUGACCUCCGGUGACUUCUCCAAAGAGAAGGAUGGAACAUCAUGGAACUGCAGAUUUCCAAAUAAAAACUACAAAUUCCAUGGAGCCUCGGUUUGGCUCCAGGAGAUUUUUGUCUCCUGGACUCUCCUGAGUCAAUUUGUUCUCUCGCGUCAAUGAAAAAAGACCCAGGGCGACCCCCAGCUUCCAGGUUCCUCCCGAAACUGAUUUAGCCCCUCCCACGAACCAAAGAGCUGAUUAUAAGAAGCUAAGUUUUCAUGAUCACCUCUCAUUGAGGCUGAGCGCAGUCCUGCAGCAGCCGAAAUCCAAGGAAAGAGGAAGACACGGCCCCUGGCAGCUCAUGGAGGGUACUAAACCAAAGAGAUGUGGGUCCAAGAAUAUCCUGGUCAUCCUUGGAUUCUUAUUUUCCUUGGCUGUGAUUGCUUUAAUCACAGUGGCCUUAACCCAGAACAAGCCACUGCCAGAAAAUGUUAAGUAUGGAAUCGUGCUGGAUGCAGGCUCUUCUCACACCAACAUGUACAUCUACAACUGGCCAGCAGAGAAGGAGAACGACACUGGAGUGGUACAACAGGUGGAAAUGUGCAAGGUACAAGGUCCUGGCAUCUCAGGGUAUGCCCAGAAUGUGGAAGAUGUAGGUUUUUACCUAAAUCAGUGCAUGGACAAAGCUCAGCAAGUGAUUCCCAAGGAGCAGCAGCAUCAGACCCCUGUUUAUCUCGGAGCCACGGCUGGCAUGAGGUUGCUCAGGAUGGAGAGCAGCCUCCUGGCGGACAAAGUCCUGACAGCUGUGAAACAGAGCCUCUCUUCUUACCCUUUUGAUUUCCAAGGGGCCAGGAUCAUCACUGGCCAGGAAGAAGGUGCCUAUGGCUGGAUUACCAUUAACUACUUGUUAGGCAAAUUCAACCAGACUGUCAGCUGGCUCAGACUUCUGCCCAGAAGAGAAGGUCCCCAGGAAACCUCUGGGGCCUUGGACCUUGGAGGAGCCUCUACACAAAUAACUUUCGUGCCCCUCAAUGACCAGAUUGAGUCCCAAGGCAACUCCCUACACUUCCGUCUCUAUGGCAAGAGCUACAAUGUGUAUACACACAGCUUCCUGUGUUAUGGGAAGGAUCAAGCUCUCCGGCUAAAACUAGUCAGCAGCAUUCAGGAUGCAGAGAAUGGACUCCUAAGGGAUCCAUGCUUCCACCCUGGCUAUGAAAAGGAUGUGAACAUAAGUGAGUUCUUCAACACACCCUGCAUCACAAAGGAUAAGAAAUCAUUUCCAUUUCGGAGACUUCAAAUACAGGGUACUGGAAACUACUCGGCAUGCCUGCAGAGUAUUCAGAAGAUCUUCAACACCACCUAUUGUCCUUACUCAAGGUGUUCUUUCAAUGGAGUUUUCCUGCCAUUCUUACAUGGAGAUUUUGGGGCUUUUUCUGCUUUUUACUUUGUGAUGGACUUCCUGAACUUGACAGAUUCCUCUCUGGAAAGCGUGAUCACCAAAAUGCAAACUUUCUGCUCCCAGCCCUGGGAAGAGGUGAAAGCACAAUUUCCUAACAUCAAAGUGAAGUACCUCAGUGAAUAUUGCUUCUCUGGGACCUACAUUCUUGCCCUCCUACAGCUAGGAUAUGGAUUCACUGAGGAUAACUGGAAAAAUAUCGAGUUUAUGGGCAAGAUUAGUGGAAGUGAUGCCGGAUGGACUUUGGGUUACAUGCUGAACUUGACCAACAUGAUCCCAGCAGAGCAGCCUUUGUAUCCGCCUCUUCCCCAUUCGACGUACAUCUUCCUCAUGGUCCUCUUCUCACUGCUCCUGGCGGCUGUGUUCUUCAUCGGCUGGCUUAUCUUUCGAAAGCCUUCAUGCCUUCAGAAAGGAGCUGUAUAGCAAGUCAGUCUGAGUUCUGCUGGGUAGAAUAUGACAGAAACACUUAUAAGGAGGACUUUUCUCCCUCCUGCAACUUCAUGCUGCACUCCUUCCUCGGGGUCAGUCUUUACCAGCACAAAGCUUCCCUUGACUUCUGCUGCACAAUUUUUCUCAGGAGGGUAUCUUGCUAUCUGUGUCCCAUGCUUCAUGGCAAAAAUCCAGCAUCUCCUUGUCCUUCUUUCUUUUUCACCUUCUUUCUCCUGUGUGUUUUGUGCUUUUGUGGGUCACAAGGAUUCUCCAUUUUUUCAGAACUUUGCAUUCUUUUGGAAGAGAAGAGAUGAUGAAGCUACAAAUCAGCCACAGUUGCCGGGGAAAGGGCAGUGGGGCUACAUGGGGAGGCUGGAGUGGCUGGAAAUACCUCAUCUCAGGAAUUGUUUGAGUUCCUUGGGAUUCUCCUGCCCCAUUUAUGAAGAACAGAUGGUGCCUCUGUAUGGAGCAGAGUCAAAUGGGCUCUGUAGGAAAAGUUCUUAGACUAGGCCGAUAUUGGUUAGGGCCAAAGAGUAUCACAUGGUCAUCUUCUGUGGUAGUUUGACAAUGCUUACCUCAGAACCAUACUGUGCCAUCGCUGAGAUGUGAGCUCCUGGGGGCAGCCCCAUCUCUGACAGUGCAGAGUUUAUUCUGAGAGCUGCUAAACAUAUAGACAUACCAGUCCUAGGGCACAUAUCAUGGCAGGUGUGUGUGUAUGUAUGUCAGGAUUAAAGAUAUCUUUUCAACUCAGGGUUGGGAGUAGCACAUCUUAAUGCUGUAUCAGGCCUUAGCAUGGGGAGAGUCAUACUAGCUUUGGAUGAAAGUGGAAAAGUCUAUGUAUCGGUUGUAGAGCAGAGAUUCUCAGACUUUUCUGUCUCAGGACUCCUUUACACUCUUAAAAAUUAUUGAAAACCAUGCCCCACCCUACAAAGACUUUUUGUUUGUGUGGGUUAAAUCUGCUGAUGUUUACCAUAUUAGAAAUCAAAAUGUCAGUAUUAUUAUAAAUAUAGUUCUGACCUCCUAGACUCCCAGACUCCUUGGGGUCCCCAGACCAUACUUUAAGAACUGCUGCUACGGAGCAACAGGUCAUUAGGUUGUCAUGACAAUCUGCAGUAAGGUUAAUUAACAUACUUCAAAAAACAGUGAUGUAGCCCUUGCCUUCGGACUUCUUUUCCUUUUGUAGGAGAUGCAUGUGUUGUUAAUUCUGGGUGGGGUGGGGGAAAGGAGGAGGAUGAAGAAUCCCUGUGCCACCUACCUCCAUGAACUGUUAUAAGCAUUGCCUCAUAGGCAAGAAUAAUGGUGCAUGACUUUGACCUUGUUCCAAGAUCUCUGACUUCUCCUUCACUGGGCUCUUCAUGGAGUAGGUGGCCCUUUUCCCCAAGAACAACAGAUCUGCUUUUCAAUAUGUCCAAAGAGUAUGACCUGUGAGGAGGGAAACACCUUCUCUUCUAUAGUUAUCCCCAGCUGAACCUUCUUGACCUCAAGCAAGAGUCAGACGCCAAAUCUGGACAUUUUAAUCUUCUCUUAUGACAAAGCAAUUAAUCCGUGAUGGGAAUCCCCCUCAUUCCUGUUUGCCUUCUUCCCCAAAUCUUGAGCAAAACCUGAGUCCUCUGGAUCACUGAGUUCAAGUAUGACAAACAUACAAACAUACACUCCAAGCCUAUAAGACAACAGUCCCUUAUGUUUAUGUCAUGCUUUGUUAUCAUAAAGUACUGCAUUAUCUUAUUUGAGCUCCAGAACCACUUUGUGCAGGUAUUAUUUGUCCCAUUUUACAGAUGAAAAACUGAAGCUCAGAGAGUUUAAAUGCAUCAAGGUCACACAGCUAGCCUGUGGCAAAAUUGGGGUUCAAACCCAGGUCUUCUGACUGCAAGUCUAGUGCUCUUCUGCUCUAUCUCGCUCAUUUUAUAGGGGACUAUCAUGUAGCUGUGACCUUUAAACAGUAUAUGAUGAUGACAGCGAGAAAAAAAAAUGAGAGGCUAAAUAAACACUUCUUAGCAUCUCACUUCUAAAUCCCUUGACCAACUCAGUGCAUUCCAAAGUCAAUUUCUGACAACAGUGAGUUUCAUCACACUUUUUGGUCACCAAGAAAUUCAGGGGACAAGCUACUAGUCUCUACAUCUCAGAAAAAUGACGGAAAGAUUUAGGCCAAGGCUCUGCUCAGCCCAAGUACCUCUCUAGAAUCAAGUUAACAUACAGGGGUAGGUCAGGGCAGAUAGAUAUUUUGACAUCGGACUUCUAUCAUCACUCGUUACGGAUAGUUGCAAUUCUUUCUAGAGCCUUAGGUCGAGAGAAUGCUCUGGAAUUUGGCAAUCCCAUUCCUUAAGAAAGGGUAGAGGGUGACGAUGGGAGGGAGGAGUGAGAUGUACUUGUGAGUGGCUUUUUUUUUCCAUUAUGGACCACAAAAGAAAAAUCACAGUGAUCUAUAUACCACCAUAAAAUCAUAUAACUAGUGUAGGGUGUUUUUUUUUUCUUCAGAGAAAUAGAAAAGAAUUCGACUGAUAUGCUUUUAAUAUUAAGAACAGAAUACACACAGAAAUUUAUAACAAAUAGUAAAAAGUAAAUAUCAUAUUGUGGUUUAUGAGAAAGCUAGCCUAGGAAUGGCAAAGAGGGUUAAGAGACAUUCAGGGCAAGAAAAGACAGAGGUAGAGCAAUAUACCUGGUCAGAGAGAAAGCGUUUCUUCCCCCCCCCCCCAUUUCCCCUAGUGGUGGGAGAUACUUAAAGUCAUAAUUUAUUUUUGCAACCACAAGUAUUGUAAUGUAGUUUCCAUUGGACGUUUAUUGCAUUUGAGGUUUGAAGUAGUUUUUAACUAGGAUUUUAGGAAUUUUUGUUUAAUAUUCAGGUUUUGCUGCCUUUUAAGUGAGGAUAAGUAUCAGUUAUUUUGUAUCAGUACCUGAACAGUCUGGCAACCUCAGGAAUAUAUAUACAUGUGCAUAUAUACAUACAUACACACACAUAUAUAGUAAUCUUAAUUCUGAGAUAAGACAAAGAAAACAGAUGUUAGUUUUUUAGUAAUCAAGACAAUUACUUAAAUUAUAAGUAAAAAUUAAACUGAUGAACAAUUAUUCAAUUCAGUACUAUAUAUUAAGCAUCUGUUAUGUUCGACAAGGAGAACUAGGAGAAAGAAAAUACACUGUCUUCUUAGAGCAAAAUACAUAAAAUAAUGAAAUUAUAGUCUAUUAAAUGUCAUUCUCAGCUAGCUUAAAGACACAGUUGUUUGCUAUAUUUAAUGAGUUCCAAAAAAAUGCUACAUUAGAAAUCAGCCUCGUCAACCUUUGAACCUCAGCUGUCAUUAGUGUUGCAAUAUGACAGUAACUCAUUGUUAGCUGUGAAAUUGUUUAUGCCAGUUAAUGUCCUAUUAAUAGACCUAAUUCAGAAGUAUAUUCUUUCUAAUUAAAGAUUUACUUCUCUUGCUUGGGGCUGUUUUCUUCCCUGAAGAGUCUCAGUGCGGACACCCCCUUCAGCUCAGAUGGCCUCAUAUUUUAAACUGACAGAAUUCCUUAAAGACUUAUCUACCCAUUUUCUUUCUCAUUUAUGCAUGUGGUGCCCUGUAUAAUCCAAAAAACAACAUUUCAGACAAAGAUACAAUAAAAUUUAACAAAGCUGGUUUUGUCAUA